AUGGGACUCAAAACUCUCUGUUUGGGGAUAUUUUGUGUUAUCUUUUUAUCUUAUAUUUAUACACCAAUACCAGACAACAUUGAAGAAACCUGGAAAGUAAUGACCUUGGAUGCAGUUGCUAAAGCAUCUACAUUUAUGGCUACGUGUCUUGAGAAUGUAGGUAUUAUGAGCUUUGAUGAGUUUAUUUCAAUGAUCAUCAGAAUGGAUUAUACCCAACCAAUUUCAGAUGAAAACAUCACAGUGACUGAUACAGCCUUUGCUGGCAUCCCUGUGAGACUGUACUUACCAAAGAAAAAGUCAGAAACUUCAAGACGAGCUGUAAUCUACAUUCAUGGUGGUGGCUUUUGUUUUGGAAGUUUCAAACAGAGACCUUUUGACUUCUUGAACAGAUGGACUGCAAACAUACUUGACGCUGUCGUUGUAGGAGUGGACUAUAGACUAGCCCCUCACCAUCACUUCCCUGCUCAGUUUGAAGAUGGCAUGGCUGCAAUCCAGUUUUUUCUUCAGGAUAAAAUUCUCACAAAAUAUGGAGUAGAUCCUGCCAGAAUUGCAAUCGCAGGAGACAGUUCGGGGGGCACUUUGACAGCGGCAUUGACUCAGCAGAUACACAGCGACCCUUCAGUAAAGCACAAGUUCAGGGCGCAAGUCUUAGUUUACCCUGGCUUGCAGGCAAUUGACACUUACUUGCCAGCUCACCAAGAAAAUGAACACGCUGUAGUGCUGACAAGGGACGUAGCCAUAAAGCUCCUGAGUCUGUACUUCACCAAGGAUGCAGCCUUACCCCAGGCAAUGAGAAGAAACCACCACAUGCCUGAGGAAUCCAGAUUUCUCUUCCAAUUUGUUAACUGGAGUGCUCUGCUUCCUGAGAAGUACCAAAAGGGCUACGUAUAUAGGGAACCUGUUCUUGGAAUCUCUCCUUACCCUCUGUCAGCACUCAUGGACAGCAGAGCCUUCCCCUUGCUGGCCAACGAUUCCCAGCUACAGAAUUUGCCACUAACCUACAUUAUCACCUGUCAAUAUGAUCUCCUAAGAGAUGAUGGACUGAUGUAUGUUUCAAGACUUCAGAAUGUUGGGGUUCAAGUUGCCCAUGACCAUGUUGAGGAUGGGAUCCAUGGAGCUCUGUCAUAUAUGACAGCACCUUUUUAUUUACAGUUAGGUCUUCAGAUAAGAGACAUGUAUAUCAGUUGGCUAGAAAAGAAUUUAUAA